AUGUCUGCUGCCAUCUCCUCGGAGGAGAUUGAGAGGGAGGUCCGCACGCUCAAGAACCUGCGGCGGCGGUCUGGCUCUGCGGCAGGUCCCGGCGACCUCGCUCUCGACCCCGAUCUCCCACCAGCAGACGCGUUCUCGUCACCUGCAACCUCGUACUCGUCCAACGACGACGUGACGCUGUCUGUGCCCACGGGCGGCGGCGACGGCCUGUUCUGGGUGCCCGCCCAUCUGCAUCCCGAACUGGCACCGGGCGAGUUUCGUGCCUUUCUCAAGCAGCACACUUCGGGUGACCCAACCUCUGUGGAUCCCAACGAGAGCGGCGAGGCCGCGCUUGGUCGUAGUCCAUCAUGGCUGGCACGUAGCAGUUCGCUCUCGGGUGGACUGGGACGGAAAAAGUCCAUGCUGUCGCGCCAGUACAACCCGCGGGCUGGCGACCUGGUAGAGAACGAGAUGCCCCCCGUCCUCGCGCGACGAGGCUCAAGCGUCUACGGAAGGCGCAACGCCGAGCAAGAACCCACACUUCAAGACCUCCAAACGCUCGAGGAGCUCGUCGAGGGUUCCGGCAUUGGCGAUGACCCCGAGCAAAUGGGCGCGCUUCUGCGCCGCACACUGAGUAUGAACGUGUCUGCAGGUCAACUCGACGAUUCGCUCCCACCUGGUGAGGAACUCAACGCCCCACUUGUCGUGCCCCGUCCCGGCUCCAUCAUACGCCGCACAGCCCGGACAAAGAUUCGCAAAGGGCCACCCGGAGAGGGAGGACGGUUCACGUCGAUGCGCAGCCGUCAUGGUCCGCGAAUCGAUUCCACUUCUGCCGAGGGACGGCCCAGUGUCGAUGAGUCCCGUCGCAGUGACGAGACGACGAGCGAGGGCCGCAGCUCAGACUCGCCGCACACCAGUGGUGAAUCACACGAGGAAAAGGGCAGGCAGCUCGUAGACCCAGGCGUCAUUUCAGACGACUCGACCGACGAGGCAUUAAUCUUUGACGCGUACGCGCGCGACCGCACAUCAACCACGUCGACUACGAGUUCCGUAUCGUCCUAUGGUGGCCGAAGCAGGUCGCCCUCCCCCGAGGAUGAGACUCUGCACAACGAACGCGCCCAACCGAUCUUGCCGCCUAUCCACACACCCAAACCUACCGAUGGAGCGUGGUUUGGCGAGGAGGACGACCUCACGCCGACUCAAGAGUCGCCCAUGAGUGCGGCGCUCCACGCCAUGACGCUUCUGCCAUCGUCCGGGUCAUCAGAUGACAUCUUCUCGGCAUCCCAACCACAGCAACAGACAACAUCCCCUUCAGUCUCUCCGUCGCGACAGCCCGCGGGCUACCCCACCCAGGCGCCUCCUGUGGCCCCGCCAAAGUCUCCCAAGGAUCAGUAUCUUCCUCCUGGUAUGGCCCCGCCACACCAGGCCUCUGCUGGUACUGCUGCUGGUGCUGCGCAGCCCAGCAUGGCAGACAACAUGUCGGCCCAGCCGCAGCGUAAUGGCCAGACGGUCCCGCCAUCGUUGGUCAUUGAGCGACCGCCUCUGUCGCGCAUCGACUCGGCCGCAUCGAGUGCCUCCUCCAACAUGUCCAUCAAGGAGAAGGAGAAGGCUAAGAAGGGCGGACUGUUCUCGAAGAAGGACAAGAAGGACAAGGAGAAGGAGAAGAGCAAGAAGGAAAAGGACGGCUUCCUUGGCUCGCUGUUUGGCGGCAAGAAGAAGCAAGAAGAGCCCACGUCUGUCUCCAACUUUGCCACGGCCGGCCCAGCCGCCGCGGCUGCUCUUUUGGGCACGUCCAAGUCGGCCAAGUCGCUCCAGCACUCGGGCACCUCGUCGCCAACGAGCCCUGGGUUCUCCAACUUUGCUCGCUACCCCAUCCACGUCGAGCGUGCCGUCUACCGCCUGAGUCACAUCAAGCUUGCCAACGCUCGCCGCCCGCUCAUUGAGCAGGUGCUCAUCUCCAACCUGAUGUUCUGGUACCUGGGUGUCAUUGGACGCACCGCCGGCCCCAGCGAGGACAAGAAGAAGGGAACGACCAACGGUUUGGACCAGGACCGCAGCGAGGCGCAAAAGCAGCCCCCGCCAAAGGGAACUCCUGCCAAGCCUGCCGACUCGGGAUCUGCUGGUGUCAAGCAGCCUGACCCACCUAUGCAGUCGCGCAAGGGCGGUCUCAGCAAGCCCGAACGUGGACGCGGAGGUGGCUCGGCUCACCCCGAACAAGGUUACCGCGCUCCCCAAUACGGCAUGCAGAAUGCCCAGGUGGACAAGGAGAUGCGCUCCCCUACUCGAGAGUCCAAACCUGUGCAGCAGCACCCACCUCAUUCCCCUACUUCCCCUCCUCCCCAACAGCAGCAUUCUCCGCACGCACAACAGCAGCAGUACCAGCAACAGGCUGCCCAGCCACAGCCCCGCACAUCCUCCAUCACAUCGCCCGCACGCACGCGAUCUCCACCCGUCACCCCGCCGCAACGCACCGAAUACCCUCCUGGCAUUGCUCCACCACGCGCUCCUCCCCAGUCCUCGUUUGGUUCCCCUGGUUCACAGGCUCGCCCUCUGCCUCCUCCCAUUGACACCCACAACGUUCGCGACAAUUCCCGUCAACGGCACUCCACCAACGGCCACCCUCUGCCCAGCGGUGCGGCGCCACACCCCCACCACUCGACGUCGCCUCCUCCGGGCAUGCAGCGUCCUCAGCCGCAGCAGGGCUACCCACAGAUGCAGAACGGUGCGCCUCGUCAAGAUCCGCAGCGUCAAUACCCCCAGCACUCGAGUGGCGGCCGCUCCCCCCAGGCUGGACCUCAGCCUGGCCAGAUCUUCCAGUACCCGGGGCAGUUCUCCCAACAGCAGCAGCGUGGGGGUGCGGCCCAGCCGGGCCAGGUCUUCAAUGCCCAACCAGGCCAGAUCUUCCAUCACCCCCAGUUCCAGCAACAGCAGCAACAGCAGCGUGCUCAGCCGCCGCAAGCCAACUGGGAGUCACCUCAGCGUCUGCCUCCUCAGCAGCAGCACCCCGGUCCGGCGCUUGCCCAAGGCCCGCCCCGCCGUACGAGCUCCAACUCGUCCUCGAGUCACGACGCGUACGCCCGCACAGGCGCAUACCCGUCGCAAGGUGCCGGCGGUGGUGGACCGACGUCGCCGACCCACCAGAGCUUUUACAGCGCGGGCCGUCCGCCAUCCAUGCAGCCCGGCCAGCCGUACUCGUACUCGCCUAACGGACAGGCAAGGCCACAGGCAGUCUCGCCGGUGCAGUACCCGCACCACCGUUAA